AUGUCUGCCAGGAGGCAGUCAUCGACAACAUCUCUAGCCAAAUAUGCACGGACCACAUCGCCCGAUACCAACAUUCGCUCUUUGGAUUUUUGUAACUCUUUCUGGGGUGUCGCAGAUGGAGGAGUAGAUGUAUUGUUUGCUCGAAUGCGUGGAGCAGCAAGGACAAUGGAGGAGUUGAGGAACUUCUGGAAGGAGAGAUCUGCGAUCGAGGAAGAUUAUGCAAAACGGCUCGCGAAGUUGGCCAAAAUGUCAAUUGGCAAGGAUGAAAUAGGGGAACUACGAAACUCCGUGGAUACGUUGCGCUUGGAAACCGAUAAGCAAGCCGGUUUUCACCUGCAGCUUUCGCAGCAAAUACGGAAUGAUCUCGAAGGUCAGGCCGCGGCUUUCUCUGCCAGGCAGCAACACCACAAGAAGACGUAUCAAGCCGCUAUCGAGAAGGAGUUCAAAGUGAAGCAAACACGCGAACAGCACGCAAGCAAAGCUCGGGAGAAAUAUGAAUCUGAUUGCCUUCGUAUCAACUCCUACACUGCUCAGUCGACGCUAGUUCAGGGCAAAGAUCUCGAGAAAAUUCACCUGAAGCUCGAGCGUGCCCAGCAAACAGUGCAAGUGAACGAAAAUGAUUACGCUCAGUUUACUCGGGUGCUGCAAGAGACUAUGCAGAAAUGGGAGCAGGAUUGGAAGGCAUUUUGCGACACAUGUCAAGAUCUCGAGGAAGAGCGAAUGGAGUUCAUGAAGGAUAAUAUGUGGGCCUAUGCUAAUUCCGUAUCAACAGUAUGUGUCUCAGAUGACGAGUCUUGCGAGAAAAUGCGACUCGCCUUGGAACAAAUGGAACCGGAGAAGGAGAUGGAAAAUUUUGUUCGCGACUACGCAACGGGAAACGCGAUACCCGAACCACCGGCGUUCGUCAACUACACCAAUUCCGAUGCGGUGCCCUCAUCUUCUACUCGCAUUGCUACUCGUCCUGCAACCUAUGCUCGAACAUCCCAGAGGUCAUCGGCAGGGCGUAGCGCACCACCUCCGGAACCCGAAGACCCCUACGACGAUACAAACCAUGCAGGUGUAGGGGCGAUUGGUGCAGGAAGUCGUAGCUCUCCUGCUGAAUCUGCUCUCGCGAGAAGUCAGACCCAAAGAUCUCAAAGUGGACGCUCUCAAACUAAUGGUGUCAACGGACACGUAUCCCCUCUCCGUGAUGUUCAAUCUCAGGCGUCUCAGGCACCGAGGCGCAAUAGCACAGCCUCCGCCCUUCGGCCUACACAAGAGCCCCGUGGGGAUCCAGUCGACCCUACGGUCUCUAACACACAGCUAGUUAUCGGAGGGCAGACUUGGAAUGUUGAUCCGAACAAGGACCCACAACAGCAGAGAGGCCAACCUCGGAGUUCUCCUGUUGGAGAGCAAAAUGACCCAUUAGUCAGGCAAAUGGCUGAGCUGAGCACUGCUGCCCAGAACGUGGCUAGACGUCCUACCGUUCGCAGAGAUACACUCUCAGGACAAGAUCCCCGCAAAGCUACCACUGAAUCUCUCGUUACCCCAUCUUCGGUCCACUCUGGCAAUCGCGAUUUCCGCAAUUCGGCUGAAGUCGUAGUUGGGUCAUACCCUCUAGCACCAUCACGUUCGAAUUCUCCAAAUCCUCCUAAACCCGUUCUUGCAGCCCCUCCGCCACCCUCACUUCCGCCACCUUCCUCGAGUAUCCCAGUCGAGCAAGUACUCAAUAACUACGGUCGUACGUUCCCAGGAGAACAACGGUCUCGUAGCAGGGCCAAUAGCUUUGUUGGUCCGCCGCCCCCUGUAAACAAUCACACAACCCAGGAUCCAAAUGGGGUACGCCCGACUAGUAGGGGGGGUUAUCCUGGUGUUGGCACUCAAAAUCUAGGUCCUCAGCCUCCAGCAGGGUCACUGGUUCGUGCGCCAUCAAUCGCUCAAAGGCCAGUCACGCCGAACAACCCAGUCGGCAUUGCUCUCGGCCCAGAUGGACGCGUCGUUGUGGAUCAUAUGGCACACCAACCCUCGCGACAACCACCCUACGGCCAAGCACCACCAUCCAGCGCCCAAUCAUACCCAGGGUAUAAUAAUAAUGACAACCGGCAGCCGCCGCCUCGCGCUGAUUAUGGUACUGUGGCGACUUAUGGUGCGCCCGCUCCACAACCACAACCUUACAGCAACUAUAAUCACACGCCUCAACGUCCUCAAUAUGAUUCCCAGCCUGUUGUUCCUUACCAGCCACCUCCGCCGCCAUCGCAGCCUUACAACAACUACGGUCCACCCGCACGGAAUCCGUCAAUUGCAGCUCACCCAAGCCAGGGUGCCAUCAAUCAUCAGCACCCUCAGCAACCAUACUAUGUUCAUAACACAAAUACCUACCGGGCGCCAAGCCCUGCUAUGACACGUACACCUUCCCCACAGCUCCCACGCCAUCCACCGCCUCCCACAGGUGCCUAUACUGAUGAUGGUCGUCCCAUCCUGUUCUACGUGAAAGCUCUGUAUGAUUAUGCAGCAACAAUUGACGAAGAAUUUGAUUUCCAAGCGGGCGAUAUCAUCGCCGUAACUGAUACCCCGGAGGACGGGUGGUGGAGUGGAGAAUUGCUUGAUGAAAUUAGACGACAGGCUGGUAGGCAUGUGUUCCCAAGCAAUUUUGUGUGUUUGUUCUAG